AGAGGUAUCCCCCCAGACUGGAGACCUUGCUGAAGCUUCAUCCUGUAAGCUGCAGGAAUAUUAUUGUCCUCCUAGUAGUUAUUGCAGCUUGCCAAAUUAUUGUGUCCAGUAUGGGGGCAUGUAUAAUAAUGUCAGUUACAUUGGAAUGAUUCCCUGUCACCAAGGAUACCUUAACUCUUCUGCUUGGCCUACUGCAAGUGUUUGCAGCAAUUCACAAAUGGGAUUUGAAGUUGAUUCUUUAUAUUAUAUUGGAGAUGGUUCUUACCCCACAGACUCCUUACCUUGUGUAUGUUAUAACUAUAUCCCAAAUCAUAAUGGCAUUCAAACACAUCCGGAAGUCUCACAAGCCCAGGAAGAUGCAUUUGAGAGUGCUGGUGAACAUGAAACUUCAGAGACACUUACGGACUUGAAAAUUUCAAGUGAUCUUCCCCCUUCGCUGCAGAAUAAAUCAUUUUUCCCAUCUCGCAAAAAUAGUAAUUUGUAUACUCCAGGAGCUAUGUUGGGUCGUCCAAUAUUAAUGCCUUCAGUUCCAACCAAAGGCCGGAGGGGUGUUGAGGAAUUAUUUCAGCAGUACAUGCAGCUGUUCUUCAGAAAUCUCCCUCAUGCUUGGUGCCUGUUCAGUAUUGAAUCACAUGAUGCCAUGGUUGAGCAUUCUUUUUUUUUUAAAGAUAGCUGUAAAGUACGCUUCUUUUGUCAGGUGUGUGGUGAUGGUUGGACAAGCAUGAAUGGCCUAAUUGCAUUUUACUUCCAGUUUUCUGAUGUAGAACAUUGUGGGAGAAUUGGCUACACAAUAUAUGGACAAAUGUGUUAUAAGUGCAAUGAUAAUGAAUUUAAGGAUCCAAUGUGGUAUCCAGAGGAAGCACAUAAGGUUAUUGCUAACCUAUAUUAUGAAAUAGCAUCUCGAUGCUAUAAUUUCGUAACUCCAAGGAGGAUCAGAACUCGGCGACUUGGUGCUCCCAGAACAAGACAUAGUUCUGACUUAUGUCAGGGAUGUAACCUUGGUUUAUGUAAGUAUGUUACCAAGAAGAAUGAAUAGAUAUUGUUCAUUGAUUGAUAAAAAACUUAGUUGUUUAAAACUUUUGACAUGAACAUUUUCGGUGUCUGAAAUUUUAAAAUCUUACCAUGUCUUACUAACUCUCAUUUAAAAGUUUUAUGUUUGCCUCUUUUUAGUAUUUCUCUUGUAUGCUGCACAUGUUUUUUUAAUAGCUCCCACAAAAAGUGAUAUCUAUUCAUUAUUUUUUACCACUUACACACACAACUGCUUUGCUAGAUACAUACAUACUCUUAAGAAAGCUUUAAAAAGGUUUUCACAGAUUUCCAUUUGCAUGACAUAGUUAUUAAAGAAUUAUUCUUAAUAAGAGCAAUCAUUUUGAAACUAUUUCCUUGUUGUGCAAUCAGUUUUAGCUUAUAUUCUGUCCCCUUCCUCUUGUUUUUACUAAAAUUUUAUCAUGGCAUAGGAAGUUAGUGUCUCCAACUUGGCCAACGUGAAAAAAGAUAUACACAACAAAACCUGUCAUUAUUGAGAAAUUUUAAGCUUUCGUACAAAACGUUUUAUUUCAUUUAGUGGCUUUCAAAUUGUAUCAUCUCAUUUAUUAUGCUGUGCUGUUUUUGUGUAAUAUAGAUUUUUCAGAAUAUGUAUUCCAUAGAUUUUUUAAUUUUUAUAUAGGCCUUACUUCAGUGCCUAGGUAGCGGUUGUUCUAGUUUUAAAUAUUUUAAUAUCUUAUCACACUAGUAUUUGCAUAGUACAAUAUAGUAUAUAUUUGUAAAUGGAUUUCCCGUUUCUCAUCUUUCUCUUUCAAGAUUAAUGAAUUCUUUCCAAGAGUUUUAUUCAUUGGUAUUUACACACAUGUAUGAAGCUUUUUCUGGUAGAGAAACCAUGUGAUACUCAUUACAGUAUUACUUGACUCAUUAUGAAAUGCAUGUUGAAAAUUAAUAUUUAAACCAUUUUUUCUUAAAAAGAGGAGUCCUAUUCAUACUGAUCAUUCCUUGUUAAGGUCAGCAGAUCUUGAUUGUGAAGGUGACAAAAUCGUUCUGCUGAACUAUGGCAUAACUGGAAGUUCAAAAAUUGCUAUUAUUUUUAUUUUUAUAGGUAUUUCUGCAUAGCUGUAUAGGUUUUGAUAGUAAACUGUCAAGGUGUAGCUAUGCAUGUUUUGAUUGCAAGUUUAUUUUCUUUUGAUAUGGAGAAUAUAUGAUCUUAAGGUUUGUAUUAAUUAUUUUAAAAGGAUAUUGAAAAUGCACGACAUAAAAGAAUGUGUAAUAGGGACGUAGGGGAUUUUAUUUUCAAGGAAUUAUAUAUUUAAUGUUAUUUUACUUUUCCUUUUUAGUAUAUUGGAGGGAAAUUGUAUUGUUUCAACAACCAACGGAAAAGGGAAAAUAAGAUUUUUGAUACUUUUAGACAUUUUUUGUUUGUUAUUUUUUCAAAUUUGUUAGUAAUUUUAUUUCAGUGUUUGAUUAAUGUUGCCCUGCCUGUUAGGUACAAACUACAAUGUGCAAUCUUGACCAGAGUACAAAUUUAUUUUACUGUAAAGAAUAAUAGUGGCAAGUUGAUUUCAGUCAUGUAACAGUCCUUUGCUUGUGAAUGUUUUUAUCAUAAGAUUUGUAGACUGUUAACUCAUCAGAAUGCUAUCUUUACAAACCAAUGGGAGUGUUGCAUUACUGGAAACAUUGCUUAUGAUAGUGGCAAAGUGGUUAUUCUUUAUAAUUUUGUGACCAUUACAGAAUAAAACUACAUUGACUCGUGUAAA